AGCUAUGGCCGCAGCUGAGACCGCCUUGCCCUCCAUCAGCACGCUGGCCACCCUGGGCCCCUUCCCGGACACACAGGAAGACUUCCUCAAGUGGUGGCGCUCUGAGGAGGUGCAGGACUUGGGCCCGGGUCCCCCCGAUCCCACCGGGCCGCCCCUGCACAUGAGGCUGGAGUCAAAGGAUGUGCCCGUUAAGGACGAAGACGACGAGAGGGACGCGGCCAGUGCCUGGGACCUGGAUCUUCUCCUCAGCAACUUCCCAGAGCCAGGCGGCGCACCUCAGACCUGCUCUCUGGCGCCGGGCGAGGGCUCCGGGGCGCAAUUCCCGUUGCCGCUGCCCGAGACUCUGGGCGAGUACGCGGGGGGCCCGGGACUGGUGGCUGGGAUCUUGGGGCCCGAGGAGCACUCGGGUUGGGCACGCCCAGCCCCACAAGCCCCGGCGCCCGACGCUUUCGUGGGCCCAGCCCUGGUCCCGGCCCCCGAGUCCAAAGUGCUGCCACUGCAGCCAAUGUACCCGGGGCCGGGCGCUUGCUCUUCCGGCAACUACUACUCACGGACCGGGCUUUCCGUGCCUCCGGCGCCGGGUGCUCCCUACGGGCUGCUGUCUGGCUACCCUGCUCUGUACCCCGCGCCACAGUACCAAGGGCACUUCCAGCUCUUCCGUGGCCUCCCAGCGCCCGCUCCCAGUCCCACCGCGCCCCCCUCCUUCCUGAAUUGUCUGGGACCCGGGACGGUGGGUGGGGGACUAGGGAGGACCCCAGGAGACCCAGGAGGGACCUUGGAGACCGCGCCCCCCAAGCGCAACCGGCGCUCGUGGGCGCGCAAGAGGCAGGCGGCGCACACGUGCACGUACCCGGGCUGCGGCAAGAGCUACACCAAGAGCUCUCACCUGAAGGCGCAUCUGCGCACGCACACAGGGGAGAAGCCAUACGCCUGCACUUGGGACGGCUGUGGCUGGAGGUUCGCGCGCUCAGACGAACUGACCCGCCACUACCGGAAACACACCGGACAGCGCCCCUUCCGCUGCCAGCUCUGCCCCCGCGCUUUUUCGCGCUCCGACCACCUGGCCUUGCACAUGAAGCGUCACCUUUGAGCCCCGCCCCAGCACUUGGACCUUCCCGGGGUCUGGGGUUGGAACAGAUCCACGCAGGGUGGUUUUCCUUUAAAUGGACCAUCGCCGGACUCGCGGCCCCACAGAUGCACCGAAAGACCAAGGGCUGGCCCAUAGACAGACGUGGGGGAGCUCUAACGGAAGCUCCCACAAUCCUCAGCCACAGGGAGCCACACAGAGACGUCUAAUGGUCACGCAGACACAGCAUGUCUCAGAUAGGCAGAUUCAGAUGGACCCUCGGACACUUCGGAUGAAGAGACAGACCCUCAGAGAGCUGGACCUUCAGAUCAGCUCACAGGCGUUCCUGGAUAGCGGGAGGGGUUGUAGGGUGAGGCUUCCCAGUGACCCUGGGUCUAGGAGGGGGCUUCACACUGUGACUAAUGAAGCUCCCUCCACAUAGUGGCUGGCAUCUGCUGUGAAUGGUUAUGGGUCCUGUAAAAAUGCCGCUCCCAGAUAAAGCUUCAGCGUUGGCCUGACUUUGUGGGUUUUGGGUGCUGGAA